AUGUCCAGCAAUGGCAGGAGAAUGGGCCUAGCUGUAGCUUUCUAUGCGGCCGUAAUGACGAUCAUUGCAGUUGUCGCGGACAGGAACAGCUCGUCAACUUUAUCUCACCCGACCAAGUCGGGGAUCAGGAAUUGGGUCGACCCGAGCACCCCCGAGGACCGACAAGUUUUUAUCAACUCGCGAGGUCGAAAAUGGGACCUCGUCAUGAGUGACGAGUUCAACGUGGCCAACCGCAGCUUUCGUCCAGGUGACGAUCACUUGUGGACUUCUCUGGAUAAACCUGAUGGUGUGAAUGGUGCCUUGGAAGUCUACGCUCACGAUAUGACUUCGACCAAGUGCGAGGGUGACACGUGCUACUUUUACAUAAAGGUGACGGAUGACCCCAAGAGCAUCUCGGUCUACAAUAUGUACAAGAGUCCUCCCGAGUUUCAAGAAGUCAAGUUUCACUAUCGUGCUGCAAUGGUGCAGAGCUGGAACAAGUUUUGCUACCAAGGAGGUAUGCUGGAGGUACGGGCUCAGCUCCCCGGGGCAGUGUCUGACAAGUCGGGUAACCCGGAUUUGGCAUUAGGCAAGUCUGGUAAAGUGGCUACGAAGGAGUACUAUCCGACGUGGCCUGGCAUCUGGAUGUUGGGUAAUCUCGGGCGUGCGAUCUUCUCGGCUUCGACAAACCGCAUGUGGCCGUUUUCCUACGACAAGUGCGAGCCAGACGUGUUCAACCCCGACAACCAGCGCAUAAGUGCUUGUGAUGACAAUCCUGGAUAUGGUCUCAAUCCAAAUCAAGGCCGUGGAGCGCCUGAAAUCGAUUUACUGGAAGGGGGUGGCCUGGGUAUCUCCUCCUCACUGCAGAUCGCUCCGGGCAUGCCAGCAGACUUUCGUCUGUUCCCUGCUGAUGCUGGGGGGGCUGAUGCCGCCAAACCAUUCUGUGUGUACACGUAUGACUGCAAGACGAAAGGUGCAAACAUCAUCGACGUACCCACUGCCUACUUUGCUAAAACGCGCAAGCACAAGUCAUGGUACCAGGGCCUUCGCUACGGUGCCAACAACGAGUGCCAGCCAGAUGCCAGCGCGAAGCAGGACUUUAUGACUGUGAACAAAUCGAUCACCAGCGGGAUCACUGACAACACGUGCACGGCCGACACAUGUCCGGCAUCCCUGGAUGUAAAUGGCGACUUGGGUAUCAUCGAUGGCAGGGGUAAGGAUCACUGGGGGAUCAAUACAAACGGCACGUGCUAUCCCAUCAUGAACUCGUACAUGGGGUCCUACCUGUGUGAUCCGGACAACACGAACAAAAUGUGCAAGGUUCCUCGCAACGCCAGCACGCCCAAGUCAAACAUCAUGAGCCCCUUCAAUUAUCAGAUGGAUGCUAUCUCGACAAACUGGCCGAUUCAUUUAGGCGGCUACCUCGACUAUCUCGUUUACCAAGUGGAGUGGGUAACAGGUGAGAAUGGCUACGUGCGAUGGAUGUUAGACGGGAGUCCUCUCUACGAAGUCACGACUGAAAGCUUCACGAAUGUCCCGCAAAACCCCGACAAGACAAACCCAGCUAAAGUGAUGCUCGAAGAGCCCAUGUACAUCAUUAUGAACGUGGCGCUCUCGAGUUCAUGGAGUGCGUCGCCUCCUAACCCCAGCGGUGAAUGCCGAGGCGACGGGAGUGACCUGGCAAACCGAAUCUGUGACGAGUUUCCUAUGUACCUGAAGGUCGACUACGUUCGGCUGUAUCAGGAUUUGGGUGACGACCUUCCUGAAGACAGCCUCAUGCAGGUUGGUUGUGACCCGAAGAGUCACCCGACUCGGGAAUGGAUUGAGGGCCACAUUGACGAGUACUCGGACCUUGAUAAUCCGGUCAAGACUGUGUAUGGUAAAGCAUUCUGCAAGACAAACGACGAUUGUACUAUUGGCAAUGAGGCUGGUUCGCCAACUUUACGGACUGGAACUUGCGUCAAAUCUCGCUGUGAAUGUUCGUCGCAAUCGUGGAGCGGUCCACGCUGCACCGAGGCGAUGUCCGACACCUUCGAGAAGUCAAGCAGUCUGAGAAAACGCGUGUAUGGUCCACCCAUGGGGUUGUCGAUGGGCGUAGGGAGCAUUAUUAUCUUACUGUCCAUUGCGUCUGUCUGGUCCGCUGCCAUCGUGACGGCAAACGAAGCAAAGAAGGCGCAAAAGACCAAGCAGGCCGAGUUCGAAAUGGGGCUACCGGACUCGCAGUUUCCAAGCGGAGACCUCAGUUUGAGUGUAUCUAGUCAACUGAAGGACAACUACAAGCAGAACUUUGUGUGA